UCCCGCCCCCGCCUGCGUCGUCGUCGUUAUCUCCGACCCGACUCCUGUCAAGUUUGCUGACACGUUUGAACCGCCGCAGUGUUUACGUGGAAUGUGGAAGGGUUGACAUUCGGCGUCUUAGCUGCGUCUUCGGCGGCGUAGAGAAUGCUUAAGGCAAUCAUUCUAAUCGGAGGGCCCUUGAAGGGUACCCGAUUCCGUCCACUAUCUCUUGACAUACCGAAACCUCUCUUCCCUGUUGCUGGAUUGCCGAUGAUCCAGCACCAUGUCGAAGCUUGUGUCCGUGUUCCUAACUUGAAGGAAAUUUUAAUUCUGGGCUAUUAUCCUCCUUCGGAACUUCAGCAGUUCAUUACAGACAUGAUUCAGGAGUACAAGGUGAACAUUAGGUACCUUCAAGAGUUCACUGCUCUUGGGACAGCAGGUGGAAUGUAUCACUUCCGUGAUCAGAUUUGCAGUGGGAAUCCUGAUGCGUUUUUCGUACUCAAUGGUGAUGUUUGUGCUGAUCUACCCCUGCAGGAACUAUUUUCAUUUCACCAAUCAAAAAAUGCCUUGGUGUCUGUUUUGGCCACUGAAGCUACCAGACAGCAGUCUCUUUUGUAUGGCUGCAUGGUACGGGAUGAAUUAACAUCUGAAGUCAAGCACUAUGUCGAAAAGCCAUCUACCUUUGUUUCUACUCUCAUCAGUUGUGGGGUCUAUGUCUUCAGCACAGAGGUGUUUCAGAUAAUGUCCUCUGUUUUCAACAACAAGCAGUCUGAUUAUUACAGUGACAAUAACCAUAGUACUAAAGAAGCUAGCUGCAUGCAGCUUGAGCAGGAAGUUUUAAUGCCUUUGGCUGGUACUGGCAAAUUCUUUGCUAUGCCAACUACGACCUGGUGGUCCCAGCUCAAGUCAGCAGGGUCAGCAAUUUAUGCUAAUCGCCAUUACUUACAUCUCUAUCAAGAUAAAAAUCCUCAACGCUUAGCUGAGAGUCGUGCAAAGGAUGCUUCAAAUGACAGCCGCUGCAACAUCAUUGGAGACGUGCAUGUUCAUCCAACUGCAUCUGUACAUCCCUCUGCAACUCUGGGUCCCAACGUGAGUGUUGGUGCUGGUGCUGAAAUUGGACCUGGGGUGCGAAUCAAGGAGUCCAUUAUCCUCUCUGGUGCCAGCAUUGCAGAUCACAGCUUGGUCCUACACAGCAUUGUUGGAAGAGCAACUCAAGUAGGAAAGUGGAGUCGCGUGGAAGGAACUCCAUGUGAUCCCAACCCCAAUAAACCUUUUGCUAAAAUGGACAAUCCACCACUUUUCAACAUGGAUGGUCGUCUUAAUCCAUCUAUUACUAUUAUAGGUUGUAGUGUAACAGUGCCAUCAGAAGUGAUUCUCCUCAACUCGAUUGUGCUUCCUUACAAAGAACUGACACGCAGUUUCAAAAAUGAAAUUAUUCUUUAAUUUUAAUAUUUGUUACUCUAUCAGAAAGUGUAUACAUAGUGUACAGCUUCUGCAGAAUUUGUGAAAUAAAUUUUAUGAUUUGACAGAAAAAAAAAUAGUUUAUAAUAACAUC